AUGUUACCUCUAUAUAAUAUUCAUCCAAUGUCUAUGCCAAUACAUCCACAAAUAAUAGGAAUUUCAUCUGCUAUAACACCUAUGAUGUCAAUUCCAGUUACUCCUAAUUUAUGUUCAUCUAACAAUAUCAAUGCAUAUACAUCAACAGAAAUAUCUAAUAAAUAUGAUUCACAUAUGUAUGAUCGAUGUCAAAAUACUAGACGAGAUCAAACUCAUCAUUGUCAUGUACCUUUUGAUUGGUAUGAACUACCAAAACAAGGAUAUAAUAUUAUUUAUGAAGAUGUAGCAGUUAUUACAUUCGAUAGACCUGUACCUAUGAAUGAUUUUAAUCGUUAUUAUAUUCAUCGUAAAAAUAGAAAAUAUUAUGAUCAUAAUAAUGAUUCAAUAUUGGAUGAAUCAGAAGAUUAUGAUGAUAGACAAGAACUAUCAUAUGUUAAUCGUCGACGUUACAUUCGAACAGAAUCAAAUUUUGAUGAUGAAGAAGAAGAAGAAAAUACAAGUUCACUAUUGAAUCACCAAUCGACAAGAACAAAUAAUUAUAUAACACUUAAACCUAAUCGUCAAAAAACAACAACAACCUCACCAUCAUCAAACUAUCAAGAAAAUCAAUCACAUAUAGAUGAUGAUUUUAGUGAUACAAAUUCAAUAAACAGUGCAUAUAAUAAUUAA